UACAUAUAAAUAGUCAUUUACGGGAAAUUGAAAUCGAUGGUUUUGCACCGUUAGAAUUUCUUUCUAGUCUUAUCAUUCCAAAUCAAAAUUUUCUUAAACUAUCAAAAACAUUACCAGCUUUGCACGUGUUUGAAAAUCGAAAAAUGGAAGAAUUGGAUUUGAGAAAUAAUUUUAGAAAUUAUGGUGAAUAUGUAAUUUCGGCUGAUCUAUUUGCAUAUAUCGGUAACAUUUGCGUCAAAAAAUUAUCUUUGAGUUGGAAUGGCAUUAGGAGGAUAGAUGCUAUCGCCGUUCAGAAGAUGAAAUACAAACAUUGUCUUGAGACUUUAAACUUAAAUAACAAUGACUUUGACUAUCACCAGGAUCUUAUUAUCUUGUAUCUUAAUUUCUUUAUUAACAUUAAACGAAUAGACAUUUCUUCGAUAACAAGUCGAUCUAUUGAAAGCAUUCGCGAACAAAACAGUAAUGGCACUGGAAUCCUGGAUCACAGAGCUAUAUUCGAUACUCGAUCAGAUUGGUCUAUAAGACUACCUUAUUCACUCGAAUUUCUAAACGCAUCAUUGAUAAUCGGACGAAAUGAUCCAAUAAACAGUAUAACUUUCAAGGGUAUAAAACGAUUGGAAAUCUUUGACCUCUCAUACUCAUCACUUGCAGACGACUGCAAUUACACAGUGAGGGGACUUCAGAACGUGCUGAUACUUAAUGUAUCACAUUUCAAAUGUGGUCUUUUAAAUCCAUACUUUCUGCAAUCUGCAGUCAAUUUGGAACAGUUGAUAAUGCAAAGUUCUUCACUAAGUAUUGGCCUUAAAUAUGAUCACUAUAGUCAAUUCCUCUCUGGGCUCGAACGUUUGCAGUAUAUAGACUUUUCAAGAAAUGCAUUUGAAGACCAUUUCAGAAUUUCAACAUUUAAAAGUCAAUUAGACAGUUUGCAAUCUUUGAUUCUUGAAGGAAAUUUAUUCACAAGUGUUCCCUUAAAUUUAGAAGAAUUCAACCGUCUGCGUUUCCUUAACAUCAAAAAUAAUAAGAUAGCCUACUUGACAACAAAAGAAACUGACGCCAUUGAAGUGCUAUUUAGAAGAUCAAAUAAAACAAUGACAGUGUUAUUAGAUGGCAACCCUCUUGUUUGUACUUGUGCUUCGUUAGAUUUUGUAGAAUGGUUAUUUACUACAAAAGUGAAACUUGACGGCAAUUGUAGUUAUUCGUGUGUCGAAAACGAUGGAAAUAUUACAACAACAAAUAUCGUCUACAAUCACUUGCGAAUUAUGAGAAUACGAUGCAUUACUACAGUAUGGUUAAUUUUUUCUGCAACUUUAUUCGGUAUGCUUCUUUUAUUCAUUCUAGUUGGAUAUCGUUACAAAUUGCACCUACAAUACUUUUGUUUAUUCAUCGGAAUGGCCAAUCCACUUUUCCGGAAGUCAAAAGGAGAGACACUUGAAUAUGAUGCAUAUGUAGCUUAUUGCGAUGGAGACUAUCAAUGGGUUUAUGGACCUUUGCGCAUAUUUCUCGAAGAGAGACGAAAUUAUAAACUUCUUUUGUUAGAUAGAGGAGAUGUCCUUGCUGGAGAACAUAGACUUUUUGCUUUAAACAAUUCAAUUCCAAAAUGCAAAAAGAUAAUCUUAGUGAUUUCAAAAGAGUUUGUUAACAAUGAUUGGGCAUAUUAUGAAGCAACUGUUGGAAUUGAACAUUUCCUAGGAUUACAAGCGAGAAUAAUUGUUAUAAACCUGGAACAUAUAACCAAGACAGAAAUACCGCAAUGUGUUCUUCAAAUGAUGUCAUUGGACGCCAACGAUCAUAUUCGCAAAACAGACAUAUUAAAUGAAAAUAACAUUUUCUGGAAAUGUUUAGAUCAAGCGAUGAAACGUUAAUGAAGAACA